ACACUAAUUAGCUCACCUGCUCACAAGCCCUAUCUCCGAAGUCCGAAAAUAGAAACCUGUCCUCGAUAAUAACAUAGCAAAUCAUUUGUCUUCUUCCCCCAACACCAGCCCUCCUCCUCCAAUACACACAAUGCAGACCUGGGUUUGAUCCAUUUACCAAUGGAAGCCCUCCCAUCAAUACAAACCCAGCGCCUUCUCAUCAAGGACAACCCACUCAACCCUUCCCAGCAGAGACAUGCCCGCAAUGUUCAGACCCCAUCGAAGGUCGCUGUGGCACACCAAGCGUUCGACGGAAUGCCCCAGUCAGACACCUACGCUUGGAAUAAGCUUAUCCAAACCCAUAUCGCCAGCAAUGACUUCCACCACGCCGUCUCUACUUACCGCCAAAUGCUCCACCGCGGUGUUCGCCCAGAUAGGCACACUCUGCCUCGAGCAUUAUCCGCUUCUCGCCUCUCGGCUGAUCUAUCUCUCGGCAAACAACUCCACGGCCAUGCUCUGAAGUUCAGUUGCACGAAUGACCGGUUUGUUAUUGCUGCUCUUAUUGAGCUUUAUGGGCGUCUUCAGAGCGUUGACACGGCGAAAUGGGUGUUUGAUAAGUCCAAUGUGAAGGAUUUGGUGUCAUGGACUAUGAUUGCUAGGUUGUACAUUGCGGAAGGUAAGCCGAGAAUGGCGCUUGAUAUGUUCGAUGGAAUGGUUGAGUCUGGAGCUGAGAUAGAUGCCGUGGCACUGGCGACGGCUGCUGGAGCUUGUGGCUUGUUGAAAUCGAUGACGGAUGGAAUGAAAGUCCACCGGGUUGCAAAAGAGCGGGGGUUGGAGUUUGAUGUGUUGGUGAGCAAUAGCCUCUCGAAAAUGUACAUUGAUUGUGGCUGUGUAGAGGAUGCUCGGGCGAUUUUCGAUCAGAGGCCUGCAAAAGAUGUCAUUUCGUGGACAGAGAUGAUUCGUGUCUAUGUGAAGAAGGGAGGUUUCAAUGAGGGUCUUAAAUUGUUUCGGCAGAUGAUUGCAGAUGGACUGAAACCGGAUCAACUCUCGGUAUCUAGCGUCCUCCCAGCCUGUGCAAGAGUGUCUGCCAAUAAACAAGGGUACAGCUUACAUGGACAAGGACACCUUGGAGUUGAUUUGUUCCGCCAAAUAGAGAAGGACCCGAGCAUAAAGAUUGAUGAAUUAACAUAUGCUGCUGUACUUCAUGCUUGUGUUGCUGCACGAAUGGUUGAGGAAGGGAAGUUUUACUUCAACUGUAUAAAGACACCUACAGUUGCACACUGUGCUUUGUUAGUAGCUCUUUUAUCUCAUUCUGGACUCUUUGAUGAGGCAAGGAACUUCAUAUCAGAGAAAAGAAUCGAAGGACAUGCUGAGGUACUGAGAGCACUGCUAGAUGGCUGUAGGAUUCAUAAGCAAUUGAUAUUAGGUAAGCGGCUUGCUGAGCAGCUCUGUGAUUUGGAACCUCUUAAUCCCGAUAAUUAUGUGUUACUCUCCAAUCUGUAUGCUGACAAUGCAAAAUGGGACAUGGUCUUUGCACUGAGAGGAAUGAUUACUGACAUGGGUCUGAAACCGAGGGAAGCUUGUUCUUGGAUAGAAUUCAGAAAGAAAAUUCAUGUGUUUGGCACGAGAGAUGCAGCUCACCCAAGAUCAGAGAGACUAUACUGGGAGCUGCAGUGUCUGACAAAGAAAAUGGAAGAUGAAGAUAUCAGACUUGAUUUGGAUUAUAGUCUCCAUGAUGUUUAUGAAGAGCGGGAGUGCAUUCAAAUUGGACACAGUGAGAUGUUGGCAAUUUCUUUUGGUCUCAUCAGUACAGUAGCUGGAACAACAAUACGUGUAAUUAAGAACCUCCGGGUGUGCCGCAAUUGCCAUGCUUCUGCAAAAGCUAUAUCCAAGAUGGUAGGACGAGAAAUCAUACUCAAGGACCCAAAUUGUUUCCACCAUUUUAAGGAUGGAUAUUGUUCAUGUGGUGAUUUUUGGUGAUUUAAUUAGCUGUCUGUACGGAUUCUUGAACUGCUGAGACAGUGAGGCUAAUGAGCUGGGGCAGUUUCAGAUUCUGAUGCUGUGUGAAUUAGAAGUUAGAACAGAGCAUCGCAUCAUGAUUAUUAGAAACAUGGGCAUUGCCAUGAAUUCAUGUCACCAGGAAAAAAAAUUGAAGAGCAUAACCGGAGCACGAUGAAGCUGUAAGAUAAGCCUUUGGGGUUAGCAAUAGUAGUGAGAAGGGUAGAGAGAGGCGGAUUAGGAUACGUUGACGUUGAGAGCUCAAUCGCUUCAAAAAGUACCAGAAAUAACAUGCUUUCGCAUCUCAGUUUUUAUUGAUCAUAUGAACCUCCCCAAUAAAAUUGUAUAUCACAUUCUUUCUUUCAA